GCAAAUUAAUUGGGAACCUCGAUUCGACCGCGAUAGCCUCAAGCGACCCCAUUUGAAGCCACUGCCAAAUCUUCCUACACCACAAACCAAAUAGCCAAUGAACCAACCACUGAAUCAGCCCAGAAUGCUUUGCAGAGCGUGCCGUCGCGCAAUUGCGCUUCCCAAGCCCACGAACACCAUCAUCGCAAAGGCCCCCCUCUCGAGUCUGUCGAUCGCAACAAGAAACGACGCCCUGAGAUCCGCUGCUAGAGUCCAAGUUUCCAAGGCGAUCCGAUCACUGCCUCAAUUCAACCUCCAAUCCAUCUCCAAGCGCUCCUACUCCUCCGCGACCGAGACCUCAACAGCCCUCGAGAAGCCCGACCACCUCGACGAUGCCGAGUCGACGAUAUGGGAUAAGCUAGUCGCUGAGUUCACGCCCUCGGAACUCAUCGUUCAAGACGUUUCGGGCGGAUGCGGUUCCAUGUACGCCAUCGACAUCACCUCGGCCAAAUUCAAGGGCGCCAACAUGCUGAAGCAGCAGCGCAUGGUCAACGCCGUCUUGGGCGACAUGAUGAAGCAGUGGCACGGCGUCCAGUUGCGCACCAAGGCGCCUCAAUAAGACUUGGGUUCUACCCACGGAAUCCCUUUGGGCGUUGCCGCGAUGAAGACGACUGUACUAUAAACGAUAAUGUACCAACAACCACCAACACUCAGCGGAGCAAUCGCGCCUCGCGGACGGCGAAGACUCUAGUGAAGGAAGAUAUGGAGGGCC